GAGACGCCAGCCAAAUGGCGCCGUGCGUGCUCAGCACCCACCUCCCUCCAUGGCUCCUCCCCGUUCCACGUUCUACUUCCAUCCACCCCGUCGCUGCUGAACUACCGUAGGUGUCGGCUCCCUCCCUUCCCUUUCGUUUCCCCAGCUGGAGUCCGAAGGAGAGUGACGACGCUCUCCCCGCGCACGCAUCGGCAUCGCAGUCGCAGCAGCAGUAACAAACAAGGCACAAGCCCAGCGGAAGCUGUAACAACGACACGAAACCAAAAACCUCGCGUAUAAAUCCGCUCGCCGUUUGGGCGCGCCCACCGCUCCGGUCCGCUCGCCGCCGACCGACCCUCACAGCCGCGGCCGGCCGCGCGAGUGGGUGGGUGCCGGUGCCGGUGCCGGAGGGACGGCAAUGCCGGAGGCCGCGCGGGCGCGGGGCAUGCUGGAUCCGGCGGGCGAGGGGGAGGCGGAGCAGGAGGAGGAGUUCUACGAGUCGCUGGAUCGGAUCCUCUCCUCUUCCUGCUCCUCCACCUCCGCCUCCGCCUCCGACGACGACGCCGACCACCGACGCCGCAGCAGCAGGCGCCACCACCUCCUCCACCAGCACCACCACAACCCGCCGCCGUCCUCGCGGCCGGACGCGUCCUCCGCGUACGACGUCUGGAUCUCCGAGCCCACGUCCGUCGAGGAGCGCCGCCGCCUCCUGCUCCAGCGCCUCGGCCUCGCCUCCGACCCGCCGCCGCCCUCUCCGCCUCGCCGCUCGCCGUCGCCUCCCGUGUCUGCCCCGGCCUCGCCUCCGGCGCCCGCGGAGGAGCCCAGAUCCGGCGGCGGCGGGCUCGGGAGGCCUCCGCUGGCGCGGAACCCCAGCUCCAGCGGCGGGGAACAGCAAUGCCGGAUCCGGAACCUGGACGACGGCACGGAGUUCGAGGUCGGGGAGGUGCACGAGGAGGAGGUGGUGCGAGAGGUGGGCACCGGCCGCCACCUCACCUUCGAGGAGUUCGAGCUCUGCGUUGGCCGCUCCCCGAUCGUGCACGAGCUCAUGAAGCGGACAACCACCGCGGCCUCCGCGUCCGCCUCCGACCACGCUGCCCCCGCGUCCAGCAGACCCCGAAGGAAGGCCGGUGGUGGGUGGCUGCGCGGCAUCAGGCAGCUUGCAGGCACCGUCGCGUACGGCCGCCGCGGCGCCGACGACAGGGACAAGGAGAAGGAGAGGGAGGCGCGGCGCCUUAGCUCUGCCACCGAUGACAGCCUAGAUGGCUCCGGCUCGCGCAAUGUCGGGAGGGUCCGGGUGCGGCAAUACGGGAAGACGUGCAAAGAGCUCACCGGGCUGUUCAUGACGCAGGAAUUGGCUGCCCACUCGGGCUCCGUGUGGUGCAUCAACUUCAGCCUGGAUGGACGAUACCUUGCCACUGCAGGAGAGGAUCGUGUGAUCCAUGUGUGGGAGGUGUGCGAGGGAGACAGAAAGGGCGAAUUGCUCGGUGAAGCUUCGGUGGCAAAGGAGAAUGGUGGUGGCUGCAGCCCGUUUCUUGCGGUUGUUGGGAAUGAUUCACCGGAGAUUUCUGCAUUGUCAUUGUCCUGUGCCGAUGGGGGCUAUGUGGAUAAGAAGAGAAGGCCGAGGAAACAGAGCAAUCGGAAGUCGGUCGGGUCCGAUCAUCUAGUUGUUCCUGAGUGUGUGUUUGGUUUCAGAGAUAAGCCAGUUUGCUCACUUCUGGGGCAUGCCGCCGAUGUUCUUGAUCUGUCAUGGUCCAAAUCUCAGUACUUGAUCUCAUCCUCCAUGGACAAAACUGUUAAGCUCUGGGACAUCACUACCAGUACCUGUUUGAAAACAUUCUCACAUACGGACUAUGUGACUUGCAUCCAGUUCAAUCCUGUAGAUGAUAACUUCUUCAUUAGUGGAUCAUUGGAUGAGAAAGUUCGCAUUUGGAAUGUCCGAGAUCGUAAGAUUGAGGAUUGGAAUGAUCUUCAUGAGAUGGUUACUGCUGCUUGUUAUUCCCCUGAUGGACAGGUUGCAAUGGUGGGCUCUCACAAGGGAAGCUGUCAUAUAUUUGAUACAUCUGAGAAGAAGCUUCAGUACAAAAGUCAGAUAGACUUAAGAAUUAGGAAAAAGAAGUCUGGCCAGAAGAAGAUAACUGGCUUCCAGUUUGCUCCUGGAAGCUCCUCGGAAGUUCUGAUUACUUCUGCAGAUUCAAGAAUACGUGUUGUUAAUGGUGAUGAAUUUGUUCACAAGUUUAAAGGGUUUCGGAACACGAGUAGCCAAAUCUCAGCUUCUGUAGCUCCAAAUGGGAAAUACGUCAUCUGUGCCAGUGAGGAUUCUCACGUCUAUGUGUGGAGACAUGACAACAGUUCCCCCCCUAGCAGGAGCAGGAGUACAGUUGAUGUAACCAACUCAUAUGAACAUUUCCACUGCCAUGGUGUGACCGUGGCUGUCACAUGGCCUGGUGCUGAAGCCCGAGGUUCGUUUGGAUCUCAAAGCAGCAGGCACAGUGAUUCAGAUGGAGCAGUGAACUCUGGUCGAGACCUCCCAGUUGAGAACACUCAGCACAAUUGUGAUGCAGCUGAUAUCAGAUACAAUGAGAGCCCAGUCUGCGAAGGUGUGACAAGCAGAAGCACCAGUAGACAUCAAGGUGAUGGAGCGUCCACAUCCUGGCCUGACGAAAAAUUACCAUCAGCCAAGAGCAGCCCUGGUCACUGCUCGUCCGAUCUUUGCAUGGGAGCUAUGGAUGUCCAGCGCCGGUCUGCGUGGGGUUUGGUGAUUGUCACGGCUGGGCGGGCAGGCGAGAUCAGGGUGUUCCAGAAUUUUGGCUUCCCAGUUCAAGUGUAAAGUUAGCGUGAGAUCAUGCAGAUAGGGGUUUGUUUGGUUCUUUACUGUAUAGAUAUCGGUAGGUCGUCAAUAGUUUUACUGAAAAGUUAUCUCUGUUGCCCUGUCUCGUUGGAUGCUUCAAGAUUGUACUCCCAGAACCACACUAUCAUAUGGUUAACGCUAUCACUUGUUCAUACAAUACAAAACUGUGUAACUGUAUGCUUGGUACACAUUACCUUAAUUUGUUCAUAUCUAAUUUUCAUACAA